AAUUGUAGAAUGUCAUCAAAGAUGCUGACAAAGAAAAGGAAGAAGUAUGGUUGCAUUAGAGAUGCCUCCAAAUGUUUAAGAUUGCAGUCACAUGAAACAGGAGUACCACGUAAGUGCAAAUACAAUUGUUUUGAUAUUGUCAGUGAUGAAAAUAAAAGGAAUAUUACUAAUAACAUGAACCACUUUCAAAAUUAUGAUGAAAUAAACCUCUAUUUAAGUGAUUUAAUCACAGUGCUGCCUAUACAGCGCAGGCAUCCUAGAAGAGAAGUGGAGGAAGCAAAGUUUCGUGAUGUAUCAUAUACAUUCAGUGUUAUAUUACCAUUAAUGGAAGUGUACAAGAAGUACAUGUGUACAGGCAAGCAUUUAUGUCAUUACAUGGAAUAAAGAAGGGCAAGGUAGAUCAUUUACUGAAGAAACUUAAAUCUGGAGACCAACCUCUAUGAGACAGCCGAGGGAAACACAGCUCCCGCCCACAGGCUUUGAAAAAUGAAACACAUACAAUAAUAAGAGGGCACAUUAAAUCAUUUAAAGGUCAUAACAGCCACUACAGUUUGACAAAGUCAGAAAAAAUUUACCUACCAGAGUCUUUGAAUAUUAAAAAGAAUGUUACAUAUGUUCAAGGAGAAGUUUCAGGAUCAGAACAUGUCAUAUGAAACAUACCACACUAUAUUCAACUCAGAUUUCAAUAUAAGUUUUGGAUAUCCACGAUCAUCUGUUGAAAAUAAAGUAAGGCUCCAUUCCGAACUUUGAUCCAAUGAAAUAGCCCAUGAAUUGCAUCUCAGAAAACAAAAAGUGUUCUAUGACAGGAAAAAAGGGCAAAGAUGGAAUGUCAAAAAAAUUCAUCAAAGGUUGCAAUUACGAUGGACUAUAGCAAAAACUUUCCUUGUCCAAAUAUAAAGACAAAUGAAGUUUAUUAUAAAUGACAGCUUUUUGUAUUUAUAUUCAAUGUUCACGUUUUGGCAACAGCUAUUUUUACAUGUAUCCAGAGAGCAAAGGCCGAAAAGGAGCAGACGAAGUUUCAUUGUUCCUUUAUCAUUUUGUGCACAAUUUUCUAACUCCAGAAGUCGGACAUCUGGGGAUCUUCUGUGACUCCUGCGGAGGGCAAAUCAAGAAUGCCACUGUGUUCAGAUUCCUUCACCAUCUGGUCCAUACAGAAAAACGAUUGGACUAUGUAAAGAUGACAUUCCUCAUAAGAGGUCAUUUGUACCUUGAAUGUGAUAAAAAUAUUGAUAUGAUAGACCAAACUCAGGAAUGUCAAAUUCCAAAGGACUGGUGUCAGGUUUUUCAGAAUUCACACACACAUGCUUUGCCUUUUGUCAUCAUUGAUGUUGAGGAGCAACCAGAGAUAAUCAAAUGCUGGACAGAGCAUCUGGAUAAUACAAUAUACAAGAAGAAACUCCCUUUCCAGUCCAGGCCAAUAAGAGAAUUGGAAGUCACACGACACCAUGCAGCACUGGUUCGGUAUAGAGGAAGCUACAAUGGAGCAUAUGAGCAAGCUUCAUUACUUCUUCGUGGAAAGAAAGGGCAAGAUUCUAGCCUGAAAGAUGGCGAGUUCAGCCUACCCUCUGCUAAAUAUGAAGGUGAUCUUAAAAUAUCUGCUGAGAAAUACAGAGAUUUACAAGACUUGAAAAGAUUUUGCCAUAGUGAAGUGCAAGUGUAUUUUGAUCAUCUUUGGCAUUAACCCACCAUCGAAAAAGCACAGGACCUUUUAUAGAAGAUUAUUAAAUGAUUAUAUGAGAUAAUUUGUUGUAACAUGAAUUUGAAAUCUUGUAGUUACCUGCAAUAUGUUAUGAACUUGGCAUAAUUUUCCUCUGUAUGGCCUGCCUUCAUAAUAAAAAUGCAUCAUAUUAUUGUAAAUCCUAUUCAGAUGUGUAUAA